UCCAAAUGGGAGGAAGGAAUGAAAAUGAAAAUGAAAAUAAUUGAAAAAGGAAGAAGGUGAAUGAAUAUUCACAAGUCGAGUCAAGUUGGACUUUGUGGUAAGUAAUAUUUCUCUCUCUAAAAUAAAUAAAAACCGAGGGGAGAGGCAGGGUACCUGAAAAACGGUUAUCGCUUUCCGUUUGAGUGCUUUAAAUCUUCAUUUCCCCGCUCCUCCUCGAUCGUGCAUUUGUGAAGCUAGCUCUCUUCUUUGUUCAUUCAUCCUCAUGCUCAUGCUCAUGGCUCAUACCAUACAACCUUUAGAUCUUGAACACAUACUGCAGGAAGCCAACCAUCGCUGGCUUCGCCCCCAUGAAAUUUGUGAAAUCUUGCGCAAUCAUCAAAGCUUCUACUUGACUCAACAGCCCCCAGAUAAACCUCCAGGCGGUUCCUUGUUUCUAUUUGAUCGGAAAGUAGUACGAUAUUUCCGCAAAGAUGGUCACAACUGGAGAAAGAAGAAGGACGGUAAAACUGUGAAAGAAGCUCAUGAAAAGUUGAAGGCAGGCAGCAGUGAUGUUCUUCACUGUUACUAUGCCCAUGGGGAGGACAACAAGAACUUUCAGAGGCGAAGUUAUUGGAUGCUAGAAGAGAAGUUGGAGCGCAUCAUCCUUGUGCAUUACAGAGAAGUAAAAGAGGGUUACAAAGUAGGUGCCUCCCGUCUGCAGCCUGUACAUCCAGGGCCAGUGCUUGAAAAUCCUCAAAGUAGUUCCACACCUUGGUUUGAGUCUGGCCUAAUAAUAGUUCAGGAAUCUCAUACAUCAAAUCCAAGCUCAGUUGACUCGAAAGAACAGGCACCCUCUUCUGAACUUCACAGUGAUGAUUCCAAAGGACUUGUGGAGUUGUCGAGGGACAGCUUUCAGCUCAAUUCACAAGUUAGCUCUCUCAUGUCCGCUGAAUUCCAUGGCUCAUGCAGAAACUUAUUAAAUGUUACACUACAGCAAAAGUUCUACUCGGGAAACCUUACUGUGGCUGAUUUGCUGUCCUGUAACCUCACUUAUGGAAGAUGGGAUGCUGGUAAAGCUGUUAAAGAUGUGGCAAACAUCAGAAACAGAUUGACUAUUACUUCUGGGGAAGUAUUUGAGGAGAAUAUCCAUGUUGCUCCAGGCCAUUCUCUAUCCCCAGACAAGCUGUUCAGUAUCUCUGAUUUUUCUCCGGAUUGGGUCUACUCAGGAGUGGAAACAAAGGUUUUGAUCAUAGGUACCUUUCUUGACCUUGGAAAGCGUCCCACCUGUCAGAAAUGGAGCUGUAUGUUUGGUGAAGUUGAGGUCCCUGCAGAAGUUCUGAAUGAGGGUGUCAUUCGAUGUCAAGUUCCUUCUCAUGCUCCUGGACUUGUUCCUUUUUAUUUAACCUGCAGCAAUAGGGUAGCAUGCAGUGAGGUGCGGGAGUUUGAAUAUCGUGAAAACCCAUCAGAACUUGCUCUUGCCCAUAGACCAAGUGAUGAGGAGUGUGUGGAAGUUCAACUCGCUAAAUUGCUAUAUUCAGGCUUAAAUAAAAAAUUGUUGGAUUGCUCUAGUGGAGAGUGUGAAAAAUGUAAAUUGAAGACUCUGUUGUGUUCUUUGAAAUUCACGGCUGGAAAUGCUUCUGAAAGAUUGGAGGACUUACUUUCCAUUAUUGAAGGCAAUCACAUCAUCUUCGGAGAUGUGCUGAAUCAGAGUAUCAUGAAGGAUAAACUUUAUGAGUGGCUAGUCUCCAGAGCACAUGAAGAAGAUAAAGGUCCAAAUAUUUUGGAUGACGGAGGGCGAGGGGUUAUUCAUCUAGUGGCUUCCCUUGGUUAUGAAUGGGGGUUGCUUCCAUUAAUUGCUGCUGGUAUUAGUCCUAAUUUCAGAGAUGCACGUGGUAGGACGGCUCUUCACUGGGCCGCACAUUAUGGAAGGGAGGAUAUGGUGAUUGCACUUAUCAAGCUAGGUGUAGCUGCUGGUGCCGUUGAUGAUCCAACUACUGCAUUCCCUGGGGGGCGAACAGCUGCUGAUUUGGCUUUUAGUAGAGGUCACAAAGGGAUUGCUGGUUACUUGGCAGAAUCAGAUCUUACUGCUCUUCAUCAAUCAUUGGGUACCAAUAAUAAUGCUCUAGACAGUAUUGCUGCUGGGCUUGAAGCUGAAAAGGCUUUUGAAUCAGCAGCUCAAGAGGUUGUUCCUUUGAAUGGAACAAUAGAUGAUGACAUUUCCUUAAAAGGAUCUCUUGCUUCACUAACGAAAUCAGCUCAGGCUGCAGCAUUGAUUCGAGCUGCUUUUAGAUCUCAUUCAUUCCGUCAGAGGCAGCUUACGAAGAGUAGAAAUGAUGUUUUUGAAGAUUCACCUGACCUUGUUUCUCUGGGCUCCUUGAACAAGGUCCAAAAGGUGAACCACUAUGAGGACUAUUUACACUCAGCUGCCAUAAAGAUCCAACAGAAUUAUCAUGGCUGGAACGGGAGAAGAGAAUUUUUGAAGAUACAGAACCGGAUUGUGAAAAUCCAGGCUCAUGUGCAUGGACAUCAUGUUCGUAAGCAGUACGAAAAGUUUGUAUGGUCAGUCAGUAUACUUGAAAAGGUCAUUCUGCGUUGGAGGAGGAAAAAAACAGGAUUGCGUGGAUUUCGAUCAGAAAAAGCUAGUCAGAAAGGAGCGCUUGAGAAGGAGGACGAGUAUGAAUAUCUCAGUGUUGGUCGAAAACAGAAGCUUGCUGGAGUUGAGAAGGCUUUGGCAAGAGUUCAGUCCAUGGUACGUCAUCCAGAGGCAAGAGAUCAGUAUAUGAGGCUGGUUACAAAGUUUGAAAGUACUAAGCUGGAUGACGGAGGAGCAGUAGAUAGGUCAUCACCAAUUUAGCUUUUCUCAAUAUAUGAGCAAAAAGCUCUCCAAUUGUUUGUAGACAUAUACCCUUUUAAUCACCCACCAAAAUGUACUGAAUAUAGUCUUAACAUGUCUGAGACAUAGAGGUACUUACAUUGCGUUUUUCUGCUGUACGAAUGUUAAUACUCCUACAGUGUAAAUAUCUUUUAGGUGAUUGAAAUAUGUUGUAGUUUGAUCUGUUUUACCUU